CCCCUGUCACACCGCCCCUCGCUCCUCCCUGUCUGUCCCCCGCGGCCCGCACUCCGGGCAGCCGAGGGCACGGCAGGCGGUGCGGCGGUAGCGGUCAGGGGGCCGGCGGGGCCGGGAGCGGGCACCAGGCGGGGAGAGGCCUGGGGCAGGCUCUCCCGUCGGGAGUCAGCAUGGGUGACGGCCGUGGCGGGCGCUGAGCCCGAGGGCGCGGCUCCCCCAGCCAUGACGACCGGCCCCCGCCCCCGGCCCUGACGCCCCCGCCCGGCCUAUGCCCGAGCUGGAGGCCUGGCCCCCGGGGGCGGGGGGCGCUCCGCUGGACGCCGGGCAGCAGCUGCAGCGGGCGGUGCUGGCCGAGCAGGUGGAGCUGUGGUGGUCCCAGGACCCCCGGCGCGCGGCGCUCUGCUUCGGCCUGGCCGUGGCCCUGGUGCUGGGCUGCGGCGCGGGAGGGGUGGCCCUGCUGUCGUCCACCAGCAGCCGGUCCGGCGAGUGGCGCCUGGCGGCGGGCACGGCCCUGUGCCUGCUGGCGCUGCUGGUGCUGCUGAAGCAGCUGCUCAGCUCGGCCGUGCAGGACAUGAACUGCGUGCGCCAGGCACGCCACGUGGCCCUGCUGCGCAGCGGGGGUGGGGCCGACGGCCUGGUGGUGCUGGUUAGCGGCCUGGUGCUGCUGCUCUGCGGGGCCGUGCUCACCGGCCUGGCCGCCUCGGCCGACGCCCGGCCCCUCCCGGCCAUGUUCAGCACCGGGGUGGCCCUGGUGACCACCGGCGCCCUGCUGCUGGUGGCCCUGCUGCUCUAUCAGGUGGUCACCCGGGUCGGCUGCCGUCCGGGCCCCUCCCCGGGCACCGGCCCGCGCGGGGGCCUCGCCCGCGUCUUCACCGUUUCCGGGCGGCUGUGGCCCGGUCAGCGGCCCACGGCCGCCUCCAGCAUGGCCAACCUCAUCUGAUGGAUCCCGGCCCCGCCUCGACCCCGGACGCCUCCAGCUGCCCCCGCCUGCCUCAGGAACCCGCCCCUCUACCCGUCGCCGAGAACUGCCCCAGCUGCCCAACCCCACCUGAGGAAACUGGGCCCAAUCCUAGCACCGCCCAGGGCCAGCCAAACUGGCCCAGGCUACUGGCUCUUCCGUGGGCACGGGGAGCCAUCGUCCGGGUGUGAACGUGUGUGUGGGGGGGUGAGGGUCAGCGGGAGUGAGUCCGGUCUGGAUUUGGAGCUGGCUCCCCUUAUUCGCCUGUCUUCCUCGGAUGUCUUUCUUGACCCCCUUGAGGCUCGCAGCCUGACCCUCUAUAUACCCCAUCCUCCAUCCGGGCUCUGCCAUUUUUCCUCUCCCUCCCCGAAGCCACUCUCUACCCAGUCCCCUCCAGCCUGUAAAUAAAUACUCCAACAGUACCCCUCGCCA